AUGGCUGCGGUAGUAAUGAAGAGAGAAGGACCACAGUUCAUCAGUGAAUCUGCAGUUCGAGGGAAUGCCGCUGUCCUUGAUUACUGCAGGACAUCUGUUUCAGCCCUGUCUGGGGCCACUGCUGGGAUCCUUGGAUUGACGGGAUUGUACGGCUUCAUCUUUUAUUUCCUUGCCUCGUUCCUCCUCUCCCUUCUCUUGGUAUUAAAGUCUGGACGACGAUGGAAUAAAUAUUUCAAAUCAAGGAGGCCACUGUUCACUGGUGGGCUUAUUGGUGGCUUGUUUACUUACGUCCUGUUUUGGACCUUCCUCUAUGGCAUGGUGCAUGUAUACUGA